AUGAAGGAUUGGACGUCACCUGUUUAUGCAUUUUUUGAUUCCACACCUAUCAUUGAGACUCUUCAUGGUCAUUGUGCGCAUGCAUUCAAGUGCAUGGGCAAAAGAUGCAAACAUAUAAAGACUUGCUGGGGCAAUGAAGUGUUGCAGGCAGCCUGCAAAGCAAAGGAUGCAGACGAAGUCCGAACAAAGAUCAUUGCUGGUAUCCUUCGCAAUGGGUCAAUAACAAGUUCAUUCGAGCAUAAAGGAAAAGGAAAGGUUACAUACUUGCAUAGGCAGCAUACUCAUACCAAAACAAAGGCGGAAUUAGUUCAUUGGGUAGCGGAGAGCCUGCGACCAUUUGACAUAGUCAAGGAUAGAGGAUUUCAGAGUUUAAUGAAGACAGGGAGACCAGAAUAUUACAUACCAUCUCCAAGAACUAUCUCGAGUGAUGUAAAACUUGUGUUUGUGCGAACACACGAAUGA